UCAGCCUGGUAUAUCUACAUAUGGUAUCGUACAAUCGGUCACUGACGGGGUGACUGGUGAUUGAGGAACAUGAAACUUUGUGUGGCUGCAAUAGUGCUUUGUUUUGGCCUGUCGGAGGCGUUUCUCUGGGACAGAAGAACUGCUACAGCAACAGGAGAAACCGACCCCCAGUGUUUUGCUCACGGCUCUGCGGGAAGAUGCGAGUUCUAUUCCUGUUUUGAAAACAGACUGCCAUGUGGUAGCCGGGGAUACAUGUCCAAAUAUGGAGGCUACUACUGUGCUCGGUUCGCUGAGCGGUACGAUACAUUUGACCAACAGGCUAAGGACUGGAUCAACGCCACCUCACGGUGUAUGACAGAACGACUUCUGGCCUACUACAACCAGGACACGGUUCAGUGUCAUGACCUGGACCACUUCGCCUGGAACACUUGGGGCGCGUGCUACGAGGAAACUGGAUUCUGCAAUGUAUUCUGGGCUAACCGGCAGGCAUUCUGGGAUGUCUACCAGUUCCGUGACCUUUUCGGAUUGGGAUCAGGAAAGAUCUGGCGGGAGAUGAUCCAGAUUAUGGGGAGGUGUGCAGCUCUGCGAGGGUCGGCCGAAUUCACCGAGCGGGGUGGCUUCCAGGGCAUGAUCGACAACAUCAGAAACCUUGGAGACAGAAUCAGGAAUACUGUCAGCAAGAAAUAGAACCAGAAUGACAUUUUUAGGUCAGCGGACAGUAGACUCAGGCCCAACACCCAACACAGAUCGAGACACAGAGUGCACAUGACGGAAGUCUGUAAAGGAGAAGGGCUCCUCUUGGAAAUGGUGCUUGAAUGUGGAACAAACAUGGAUCCUUCUUCUUGCAUGACUUCUACUAAUACCAAUAUUUGUUUCGGGUUCGUCUUGACACCCUGUAGAAUGUGAUGGGUGUUGAUAACGGCACGUACAGUAGUAUUUGCACCACACAAAUUAUCAGGGAAAUAUGGUCAUUGUUAUCCUGAUGCCCAGAUGAAAAGCACAAACAUUUGUGUUACAUAAUCAACAUUAACUUUCAUUUCUCCAGUCUGACAGGCAGAUGUUACAUCACUACACCCACGUCAAGAACAUUACCCAUUAUUAUUGGGACAUCAGCUGAAAUAUAUAAAAUGUGUUCAGCACUCCUUUCACCACAAUUUACACGAUGGGAGUCACAAUACUUAGAUAAUAAACUAUGUAAUAUCA